AUCCGAGGUUGGAUGUGUCGCGCGCCGCCCGCGCUUCCUUUCUCACUCCUCGCCUGGCUUUGGAAGAGGUCAGUCAGUGAGUCGGUCCGUCGGGAGGGACGCUCGCUGCUGGCGUCAUGAAAGCCUCCUGGGCUCUCGAAGUGGCCUGGCUGGCGGCGCUUCUGGGCUGCCCGGCAACAGAUGGCACAAGACCUUUGAUCACUCCAGCAGGAUCCCCUUUAGUUCUGAAUACUGGGGAAGAAUUAAAGCUGUUUUGUAUUGAUGAUGGGCCUGUGGCUUGGCAUAUCCAAAAUGCAGACCCAUCUGCAAAGCAGAAGCAUCCAAGAUACCAGGAGAUUUACAUAAAUAAAGUUGGACCCAAAGACACAGGGACAUAUAUGUGCAAGAACAAAGAAGGCUUGAAUGACUCCAUUUACGUCUUUGUUAAAGAUCCAAAGGUUCUGUUCUUUCAUGAACCUGUCACGUAUGCAGUGGAAGACAGUGAUGCUCUUAUUCAAUGCCCAGUGACAGACCCAGACAUUUCAAAUUUCACAUUGAAAAGAUGUAAAAAUGCAAAGUCUCUACCUGAGAAUAUUGUGUUAAAACCUGACCCUCAGAAAGGAAUUACCAUAAAAAAUGUGCAAAGAUCAUUUUGGGGUUGUUACCAAUGUGUAGCACAACACAACGGAGAGGAAAAACAGUCAGAAGCCAUCACUCUUGUUGUGCGGCCAGUUCACAAAUCCCUUCCAGACAUCACCUUAUCCAAAGCCGACCAGCUUCUUAAAGAAGGUGAACAAUUUGAAGUUACGUGCACAAUCAGAGAUGUAGAUAGCACUCUGCGGGCUAAUUGGAUUUCUCCAACCAAUGUGAAUCUUACAAGCAAAAGCAAGAAUGUGGGUGAUUAUGGAUAUGAACGAAAAUUAAUGCUGAGCAUCCGUUCAGUGGGAGUUAAUGAUUCUGGAGCAUUCACGUGCCAAGGAAGCAACCCUUUUGGAACAUCCAAUGUCACUAUAACCUUGACAGUACUAGGUAAAGGAUAUGUCAGUUUAUCAACUUCUACAGAUUCAACAGUACAUGUUAAUGAUGGAGAAAACCUGGCUUUAAUAGUGACCUAUGAAGCAUAUCCCAAACCAGAAGAAGAGAUAUGGAUGUAUAUGAAUGAAACAUUGCAAAAUUCAUCUGAUCAUUAUGUCAGAGUCACAAAUAUAGACCAAAACAGACAUUCCAGUGAGCUUCACCUUACUCGACUGAAAGGAACAGAAGGAGGCAUUUACACAUUUUUUGUGUCCAAUUCAGAUGCUAACUCUUCUAUAGCGUUCAACGUCUAUGUCAACACCAAACCAGAGAUUGUCACUUCAGAAAGACUUAGCAACGGCAUGCUUCAUUGUGUGGCUUCAGGGUAUCCCGCCCCUACAAUAAACUGGUACAUUUGUCCAGGAACUGAGCAGAGGUGUUCAGAUUCAUCAAAUAUUUCUCCAGUGGAUGUGAAGACCAGCUAUAAUGAUUCACCCUUUCCUUCCUUUGGAAAGGUAAUUGUUGAAAGCACCAUUGAUGCCAGCAUGUUCAAGAACAAUGGCACAAUCACAUGUGAGGCUUCGAAUGCCAUUGACAGGCGCACAGCUUAUUUCAACUUUGCGGUCAAAGAACAAAUCGGUACUCAUACCCUUUUCACCCCUUUGUUAAUUGGCUUUGGAGUCGCAGCUGGUCUCAUGUGCCUCAUAGUCAUAGUUCUUGUGUACAAAUAUCUUCAGAAACCCAAAUAUGAGAUUCAGUGGAAAGUGGUAGAUGAAAUAAAUGGAAACAACUAUGUUUACAUAGACCCAACACAGCUUCCUUAUGAUGACAAAUGGGAGUUUCCAAGAAACCGGCUAAGUUUUGGCAAGACUCUAGGAGCUGGAGCUUUUGGGAAAGUUGUUGAAGCAACUGCCUAUGGUCUGUUCAAACCUGAUGGAGCAUUGAGAGUAGCUGUAAAAAUGCUCAAGCCCAGUGCCCAUUUCACCGAAAAGGAAGCCUUGAUGUCUGAACUGAAAGUACUGAGUUAUCUUGGCAACCAUAUUAACAUUGUGAAUUUACUAGGAGCCUGCACAAUUGGAGGUCCUACCCUGGUCAUCACGGAGUACUGCUGUUAUGGCGACCUUUUGAAUUUUCUGAGGAGGAAACGUGAUUCUUUUAUUUGCCCAAAGCAUGAAGAAACGGCUGUUUACAAGAACCUCCUCCAUCAAAAAGAACACAUGUAUGAUGCUACCAAUGAAUAUAUGGAUAUGAAACCUGGAGUAUCUAAAGUUGUCCAUGCCAAAACUGCUAAAAGAAGUCCAGGAAGGACAGGAUCAUUUGUUAAUCAGGAUGUCACCAUUGCCAUCUUAGAAGAUGAUGAAUUGGCUCUGGAUAUUGAAGACCUAUUAAGUUUUUCUUACCAGGUGGCAAAGGGAAUGAGCUUUCUGUCCUCCAAAAAUUGCAUCCAUAGAGACUUAGCAGCACGCAACAUCUUGCUCACUCAUGGACGGAUCACAAAAAUCUGUGACUUUGGUCUUGCAAGAGACAUUAGGAAUGACUCAAACUAUGUUGUCAAAGGAAAUGCACGACUUCCUGUCAAGUGGAUGGCACCUGAAAGCAUUUUUGAGUGUGUAUACACAUUUGAGAGUGACGUCUGGUCUUAUGGAAUUUUGCUUUGGGAACUCUUCUCUCUAGGAGGCAGCCCCUAUCCUGGAAUGCCUGUGGAUUCCAAGUUCUAUAAAAGGAUUAAGGAAGGAUACAGGAUGUUUAGCCCAGAAUUUGCACCUGCUGAAAUGUAUGCGAUAAUGAAGAGUUGCUGGGAUGCAGAUCCUGUAAAGAGACCAACCUUUAAGCAAGUUGUACAACUGAUUGAACAACAGAUUUCAGAUACUACAAACCAUAUUUACUCAAAUGUUACAAGCGGCAUUUGCAGUCAAGGAAAUGGUACAGAUCACUCUGCGAGAAUCAACUCAGUGGGUAGCAGUGCUUCAUUUACUCAGCCUCUCCUCACACAUGAAGAUGUUUGAAAACAAAUUCAGCCAGCCAUGAUUGGGACUCUGCAGUUUUUAAAACAAUGGCUACGAGUUGUUCUCAUUUUAUUCACUGAUACACUGAGAGUAGUAGAAAUACUACAAGAAUUUCCUUUUUUAUUACAUGCUGUUAAAAGCAAAGUAGAUUGCCCAUCAUAGUUACAGCAUUGUUGCACUGUUUGCUAGAGUCUGUGUAUAGUCGCUAUGUUAUUUGCAUUUGUAGUGUAGAAGUGGAAAGUAAACAUUAAAAUUUGGGAGUGGGGAAGAAUGUCUAAAAAUGGGAUAUGGAAUUCUUUGAAUGCAACAUUUUUAAAAUGGAGGUCUCAAGAGCACUAACUCUAGAAAAUUGUUGGUCCUGUUUGAAAAUUUGUAAAGGCAAAUGUCUUAAAACAGUUUCCAUUACUUCUGAAACUUUGAACCUUAGAAAUGUAAGCAAACUUUGACAUUCUGGGCCAAAUCCAGUGUGAAACUGGUAGUAGCAUUGAGAUGUUCAUUUUUUUCCUCUUGUGACUUGUGAGUUGUCCAGAAAUUAGUUUCAAAAGGAUUUGCAGCCAUGUCAAAUAGUUUCUUGAAGGUACUCCAAGGACUAGAGUGAGGAAAGGUUUUUGUAGUCCUCCUAAUACUAUAUUCUGUUUCUGCAAGAGAAAAAAAUCCAGGAUUGGAUUGAGCCCCCAGAAUCCAAGACAUUACUCACCUGAUUAGAAAGGAACAGAAAGACAUUGAGCUAAUUUUAGAUGUUGUUGUAUUUCAUCUCCCAUAAGAUAUAGCCAGCCCUGCUGGUGUUAAGGAAUUAUGGCAACUGUAGUCAGGACAACAUCCAGAGGGAUACAGGUUCCCCAGCUCUGCGCUGAGAGUUUGUCUAUAACAGGUCUUGCUUCUGCAUUUUCCAGUUGAGGCAGAAGAUACAUAAGAAGAAGAGAACAGAAGACAAUUUCCAAGCUUUUGUUUUGUAUGCAUGUUGUUGUGUAUUCGUUCACUCGCUUCUGACUCUUCAUGACCCCAUGGGCCAGCCCAUGCCAGAGCUCCCUGUCAGCCGUAGCCACCCCCAGCUCCUUCAAAAUCAAGCCAGUCACCUCAAGGAUACCAUCCAUCUUGCUCUUGGUCGGCCCCUCUUCCUUUUUCCUUCCAUUUCCCCUAGAAUCAUUGUCUUCUCCAAGCUUUCCUGUCUUCUCAUUAUGUGGCCAAAGUACUUCAUCUUUGCCUCUAAUAUCCUUUCUUCCAGUGAGCAGUCAGGCUUUAUUUCCUGGAGUAUGGACUAGUUUGAUCUUGUGGUCCAAGACACUCUCAGAAUUUUCCUCCAGCACCAGGAACAUUUGUAUGCACAUGUUCCCAUUUGUAUACACCCUCUCAAUAUUUUGUGAUGUGAUAGAGGGGGCCCAAUAUAUUUCUUUUACACCAAUUAUACACACUGGAAGGUCAACCAGUGCAUCUAUUUCUAACAGCAUAUAUUGGG